UACUUAAUAACCUUAGCAGGUUAUAGAAAGAGAUUUGUGUUUAGCACGUGAGACAGUAGCUAUAAAACUUAAUUUGCUGCCGAUAUCAACUGAAAGUCUCAUUAACAUGUGCUUAAUUUAGACGAUAUUGUUUGAUGCAAGAAAACGUAACCUUGUCACUAGCUGUUGUCAACUAGCAGUGAGCUGACGAAAGGGUUCGACAUGGCCUAUUCUUUUAUAUUCAAAAUUGCAAAUCCCAAAUUUCAGUUUGGUAGAACAACAAAAAGUAUACUGCAGACAUGUAACCGGGUGAAUAGCGUCUUGCCAAUUCAUAUAUCGUCCGUUGCACAGAGACCUGUCUUGCAGAAACUGACUGAACCAUUACCCGACUUGUCCAAACUGACGUUAAAACAUAGUCGGCUGAUCCAUGUCGGCAGCAGGUUGCGAAAUACUGGGGAGUCCGGUCAGAAGGACUCUAGUAAGGUGUCUAUAUCGAAAAGCCAGCCGCCUCCUCCUGGACUGUCAGCGACACAGAAAGUUAAGCAGGCAGGCAAAGAUUUCACUUACUUGAUAGUUGUGCUCAUUGGCCUUGGAGUAACAGGUGGUCUUUUAUACGUGGUUUUUCAAGAAUUGUUUUCAUCAUCAAGUCCAAGCAAAAUCUAUGGGAAAGCUUUCAACAAAUGCAGAUCACAUCCUGAGGUCAUUGGGGCCUUUGGGGAACCUAUUAAGGGCUAUGGAGAGACCACUCGCCGUGGUAGAAGGCAACAAGUUAGUCACGUCGAGUACCUAAAGGAUGGACUAAAACACAUGAGGCUGAAGUUUUACAUUGAAGGCUCAGAGCCUGGAAUCAAAGGGACUGUACAUUCAGAAUCUAAAGAGAAUCCUGAAACUGGAAAGUAUGAAUUCAGAUACAUAUUUGUGGACGUGGACUCUUAUCCCAGGAGGACAAUCGUGGUGGAAGACAACAGAUAGGAAUAUGAGAGAGAAUCCACUCAUCUGAGUGUGUUUAAUUUUUGUAACACAUUUGUAUAACGCUUUGAUUAGGCCUAAAGGACUGGCCAUUUUCAGCAUAGCGUCAGCAAAGUACGAUGAUAAACGUCAGCAAAUGAAUGGAAAUGAAAAACAGCUGCGAAUUAUCUGGAGUAAAUUUCACAGUUUUUCAGUAUGUCUGAGUGAUUAUGCAGAUUAUGUGGAAGUAAUUUUUUUUUUUUCUAACAAAAAUUGACCACCAGAGUUCUACUGCCAGGAAUAGUUAGCUCAGCUUUUUACAGAUGGAUACCACAAAUACAGAUAUAUAUAUUUUUUCCCUUUGGGAAUCUCUUGACUAAUGAAUAUUGCUCAUUAAAAUGUUGUUCCAUGCUGUUUUAUAAGUCCUUUGGCUGAAUGAUCAUGUAAAUUUUGGUGAUCGGAGAAGAAGUGUAUACAGAACACUUGUACACAACCAAAUUGAUAAACCUCAUGUUCUCAGGGAACAUAUAUACAGUUUGACUAAUGUCAACAGGGAGCUUUAUUGUUGGAAGCACAAAGUCAUUGUGUUUUAAGAGUAAGAUGUUAAUCAUUUCUGGGUUUUUUGCCAUCGGUGUGAAAUUCCAUCCAUGUGACAUUGUUUGCACCUGUUUGCCAGAUGGUUCUCUGACAUUCAUGGUAAGUUAUCAUGAGUCACUAAUUCUCGCUGUACCUGGAGAAAAAGACUAUGUCAAUAAACUGGCUGUAUAUU